AUGAGUGAUUCUGAGAGAUGGCAUGCGAGAUUGGGACACGUGAAUCAUGAGACAAUGAAGACUAUGGUGCAAAAGAAGCUUGUGUUGGGAGUUCCAGAGCUUAAGGUAGAAAACAAGGUCUGCGACUCAUGCCUAAUGGGAAAACAGACGAGACAAGUAUUUCCCCAAGCCUCUUCAUAUCGAGCAACGAAGGUGCUAGAGCUCGUUCACGGAGAUUUAUGUGGUCCCAUCACACCUAGUACAGCAUCUGGAAACAAAUAUAUCUUUGUUCUCAUAGACGACUACUCGAGAUAUAUGUGGACGAUUCUCAUGAGGGAGAAGAGUGAUGCAUUCAAUAGGUUCAAGAGAUUUAAGAGCUUGGUGGAACAAGAAUCGGGAGAAAAGAUUCAAACCUUCAGGACGGACAGAGGAGGAGAGUUUGUGUCACAGGAGUUCAAUUCCUACUGUGAUCUCGCAGGGAUAAAGCGACACCUCACAGCUCCAUACACCCCACAACAAAACGGCGUGGUGGAGAGAAGGAAUAGAACUCUAAUGGAGAUGACAAGAAGCAUCCUGAAGUACAUGUCUUUGCCAAGUUUUCUUUGGGGAGAAGCAGUGAGGCACUCAACUUAUCUCUUGAACAGAAUUGCUACACGAGCGAUCAAGGAGACGACACCAUACGAGGCGUUCUGGAGAAAGAGACCCAAUAUCAGCCAUAUAAGAGUAUUUGGCUGUAUAGGAUAUGCAAAGGUGGACUCUCAUCAGUUGAAGAAACUAGAUGAUAGGUCACGUCGUCUGAUACAUCUCGGAACGGAGCCUGGAACAAAGGGAUAUCGUCUGCUUGACCCGCAAACGAAGAAAAUCGUGGUGAGUCGAGAUGUAAUCUUUGACGAAACAAGAGGCUGGAAUUGGAAUAUAACAAAUCUGGACUCGAACAGCAUCGGUAGUUUCACGAUCGGUUCAGGAGAUUUUGGAGGUCAUGGAGAACAGGGAGAUCGUGAGAUGAUAGCGUUCGAUGGCUCUGAAGCAGAGCAAGGCAGAGUCGAGCAAGACAAGGAACCAGAAACGGAGUCCAGGGAGGAAGAAAGUGGAGUUGAAUCAGAAGAAGAUAAUGAUGAAGGUACUCACGGUGAAACCGAGCUAAGAAGAUCACAGAGAGUGAGAGAAAAGCCAAAGUAUCUUGCAGACUACAUACUACUUGCAGAGAUAGAGGGAGAAUGGUUACUUUUGAGUCUGAAUGACGAGCCAAAGGACAUUUAUGAGGCAAAAGAGUCAAGGAAUUGGAUGUUGGCUUGUGAAGAUGAGAUAUUGUCCAUCAACAAGAACAAAACGUGGACGCUUGUUGACCUACCACGCGGAGCAAAACCAAUCGGCUUGAAGUGGGUGUUCAAGCUAAAGAGGAACUCAGACGGAAGCAUUAAUAAACACAAGGCAAGACUUGUCGCCAAGGGAUACGUGCAGAGAUACGGGAUUGAUUUCGAAGAAGUUUUUGCUCCAGUAGCUCGGAUUGAAACAAUUCGUCUUCUUAUCAGUCUCGCAGCAUCUAAGGGAUGGGAGAUACAUCACCUUGACGUCAAGACAGCGUUUCUUCAUAGGGAGUUAAAAGAAACAGUCUAUGUUUCCCAGCCUGAUGGCUUUGUGGUAAAAGGAAGUGAAGAAAAGGUUUACAAGCUGAACAGAGCGUUGUAUGGACUUAAGCAAGCUCCGAGAGCUUGGAAUGACAAGUUGAAUCUGAUUCUUAAGGAGUUACAGUUCAAGCGAUGCUCCAAAGAACCAUCAGUCUAUCGGAAGAAAGUAAGUCAAGAGAUUCUCCUUCUUGCAGUGUAUGUCGACGAUCUAUUUGUCACAGGGACAAGUAAAGAGAUCAUAGAAGAAUUCAAGAAAGAGAUGUCAUCAAAGUUCGAGAUGAACGAUCUCGGAAAGCUAACCUACUAUCUUGGAAUAGAGGUACAACAAGAUAAAGAAUGCAUAACAUUGAGUCAAAAGCGUUAUGCCUUGAAGAUAUUAGAGGAAGCAGGAAUGGAGGACUGUAACCCAGUUCAUACGCCAAUGGAGGCUGGCUUGAAGCUCUCUAAGGCAACAGAGGAAAAAGACAUUGAUGCUACAACAUACAGAAAGCUCGUCGGGUGCUUACGUUACUUGUUACACACAAGACCAGAUCUGUCUUAUUGUGUAGGUGUGCUCAGCCGCUACAUGCAGAAUCCAAAGGAGUCCCAUGGAGCAGCAAUGAAACAGUGCUUAAGAUACCUACGUGGAACAACCACACUUGGACUUGUGUUCAAGAAAUCUUCGUCGGCUGCAAUGAAGUUAGUUGGCUACAGCGAUAGUAGCCAUAACGUGGAUCCAGAUGAUGGCAAGAGUACAACCGAUCAUGUGUUUUAUCUUGGAGAGAGUAUGAUCUCGUGGUGUUCACAGAAGCAAGACACGGUGGCCCUGUCUUCUUGUGAGGCUGAAUUCAUGGCAGGAACAGAGGCAGCAAGACAGGCAAUAUGGCUUCAGGACUUACUUGGUGAGAUCACUGAGACAGUUUGCGAGAAGGUUGUUAUCAAAAUAGACAACCAGUCGGCCAUUGCUCUCACCAAGAACCCGGUGUUUCACGGACGAAGCAAACACAUUCACACGAGGUAUCACUUCAUAAGGGAAUGCGUUGAGAACAGACAAGUAGAAGUGGAGCAUGUUCCCGGGACAGAACAAAAGGCGGACAUAUUAACGAAGGCACUUGGAAAGCUCAAGUUCAAGGAAAUGAGGGAGCUCACUGGCAUGAAGGUUGUAGUUGAAGAUGACUUCAAGCUUAGGAGGGAGAAUGUUGGCUUAAGCUUGAAGAUAGCUUGA